CUGCUUGGGUUAAUUGAUGUAACGCUUCACAUGCUGCCCUUUGUAAGGAAGGCCAAAGGGAGGGUGGUCAACGUGUCCAGUGUUCUGGGAAGACUGUCGUACUAUGGAGGAGGUUAUCCUAUAUCCAAAUACGGGGUGGAAGCCUUUUCUGACAGUCUGAGGCAAGAGAUGCAGACUUUUGGGGUCCACGUCAGCAUGGUUGAACCUGGCGCUUUUUCAACAUCAAUCUACAAUCAUCAGGAGGAGUCCUUGCAGAGAAUAUGGCGCCAGCUGGCCCCAGACAUUCAAGAAAGCUAUGGGCAGAAGUUCUUGAAAACGUUCUGUGAAGUGUCCCAAAAAUGUGCCAGCAUGAUCUUCUCUGUCCCAACACUCAAUUUCUCUUCUGCUUUGGAACUGUGGCUUGUGAGUAGUGAUGUCCUGGGAGCGAUUAUGUGGGAAGAGUUAAGGGAAGAGAUGUGUGGAAAUCCUGUAGGAGGUAAGUUUGGGGUGUGCAACACACAAGGCCAUUCCUCCCUUACCCAGGAACCAUUUUUACUUGCCAUGUUCCCAUGAACGUCCCUGAAGCAGUUUAAUGUCAUCUGUAGUAAUCUAGUUUUAAAGUCAUGUGUUUCAACUGCUUCCAAUGUUCUUUUUUUGUUGUGGAUGCUAUCUGGCAUGGUUUGCUGACCACUUUGUUUCUAAAGUGGUCAGGAUCUGUGCAGUACAAGCUACUAUAGGUGGUCCUUUCUGUCUUGUAAAUGGUCACUCUCCACAGUGGCCAUUUUGGCCUGGCUGGUAGAUCUUGUUCUAACUCAGCGGCCUGGAGGAGGAGCCCUUGUUCACAAUUCCUCUCUUUACAGUUCUCUCAUUUCCCCCCUCUCUUUCAACCUCUUUCAGCCCAUUGCCCAUUCCUUUCUAUGACAGCUGAGUGGUCCUUCUUGGGGGCUGCCCCCCCCCUUGUGCAAUAGAUUAUCCCCUGAGGGCUGGGGGCUCCAACCUCCUAGUUGUUGUAAGGCUGAAUAGACCAUUGUGC